UGUGCCAGAUGACAGGCAAAGCCCCUAUAUAUGCCGCCGGGAAGCGCAUUCAUCAGUAGCGCUAUCCUUUCUCUUGCUUCCCAAGAAAGUUUGUAUCCCAGAGCAGAGUCGAGCCGGGAGGCGUGCAGGGACUGGGCCGCUGAGACCCCGGGACUGCCCUGCACAAGACCCCAGCCGCCCAUUUGCUGGGACUCUGCGAGGAGUCAUGGAAGAUCCUUUCAGCCUAGACAGAUUUUCUCCGGUACUCAACCUCUCGAGUGCCCUGCAGCCAGGCUGGAGCCUGAAUCUCUCCUCCUCCCCCGGGGAUCGGCGCUGGUCUUCCAUUAGCCGGCAGGUGCGGGUGAUCUCCGCGACCGCCAUCCUGCUGCUCGGGCUGCUGGGCAAUUGCCUGGUGCUUCAUCGCCUCUGCUGCUGUGGUUGCUGCGGCCGGGGCAGGCGGCGGCGGAAGAUGGAUUUCCUUAUCGCCCACCUGGCGCUGGCCGAUCUCUAUGGCUGCGGGCUGGCCCUGCUCUCGCAUCUGGCAGCGGAGCUGUUGGGGGCCGCCUGGCCAGAGGGGGACGCCGCCUGCCGCCUGCUUAAGCUACUGCAGGGCUCCGGCCUCCUGGCCUCGUCCAACGUGCUGGUGCUCAUCGCCAUGGAGCGGCACCACGUGGUGAUGCGGCCGGCGGACCCGCCGCUGCCUGCCCGGGCCUUGGCCGCGCUGGGCUGGCUGCUAGCGCUGCUGCUCGCCCUGCCCCAGGCCUUCGUCUUCAGACUCGCCUCCCGCCCCGGGGGCAGCCGCUGCCUCAGCAUCUUCGAGCAGCUGCCGCGCUGGCACGGCCAGGCCUACGGCGUGUACGGGGCCGUCACCGGCUUCUUGGCGCCCGUCAGCCUGCUGUGCUGGGCCUACGGCCGCAUCCUUCUCGCCCUCUGGGCCGCCCAGGAGGAGAAGGCGCCCGCCAGGCGGGAGGAAGGCGGCAGUGGCCGCCGCCGGGGGCGGCCGGCCGCGCGGCCUCUGCUGCUGAGGCUGCCGGCCGCCAGCUGUCCCAUGCCCCGGGCUCGGGUCAAGACGCUGCAGCUGACGCUGGUGCUGAUCGCCCUGUUCGCGCUCUGUCGCCUGCCCCGCUUCGUGCUGGAGCUCAGCAUGGCUUUCGGGCCCGGCGGGGAGGCCGCGGCGGGGCUGCGGGAGGCGCGGGCCGCGCUCGGCAUCGUGGCGGUGACCAACAGCGCGCUGAACCCCUACGCCUAUCUGCUCUUCCAGAGCCACCGGCCCUGGGCGCGCCGUCUGCAGAGGAGCCUCUGCAGUGCGGGACCCGGCCCGACCUGCUGCUGCCCCGGCCCCGAGGGACAGCCCCGCCGCCGCCCGAACCACCGCGCCCCGCACAGACACCGCCCGAAGGACGGGCCGCCCCCCGGAGCGCAGCGCGCCGCGUUCUGCACCCCAGCGCCGCCGCCCCGCUCAGGCCCCCGGGAGCCUGAGGACACCUGCGCCUGUGAGAGCGGCUUCUAA